AUUAGCAUCAGAAUUCAGGCAUUAGCAACUAGCUCAAACUCACGUGCUUGUGUGGUGAUAAUGCAAUCUGGUGCUUUCUCUCGACCAGUGGGCCGUCGGCGACCCAAGACGUCCAAGCAGGACCGCGUUUGUCCCGUAUGCUCCAAGGAGUUCUCCAAAGCGGAACAUUUGGCCAGGCAUUAUAGAUCCCACACGAAAGAAAAGCCAUUCCUUUGCGCGGACUGUGGACGGGGAUAUAGCAGACAGGACUCAUUGCUUCGCCAUACACGGUCACAUUACCGAAGAGAUGGAUCGGGGGACGUUCGGCAUUCACAAGAGACAACGGGCGUUUCUCAUGUCACUCCCCCCACGACUGAAUCUGAUUUGGAAGUGUUUGCUGCGGUACCAUGCCAUCCAUUGCCACCGUCAUAUUCAUCACCAUCUACGAGUAAUAUCGCAACGAUAAGGACGCCUUCAAAUGGCACAAUAGAACGUGUGGGGACAAAUGUGUCUGCGAACGCUGAUACAAACGACUCGUUGGAUUUAGGUUUUCCUAUCUCAUUUUCACAGGAUCCAGCUGGUGAUUUCCAGAUAAACGAAACCCUGAGUUUGUCGGAUAUACUCGGCGUCGAGCUAGACUCAGGAUGGAAUUCUUGGUUGAUGGAUGACAACUUCGACUUAGAUGCCCUGAACUCAUCCUUAUUACAAGCCACUAGUGGAGACUUCUUGACUGUUGAUCAGAUGGCAGAUGAGAAUCCGCUUGCCACUGGAUCAUCUAGUGUUGACCAACAGGCAACGAACGCGGGAUUGGCGCCGAGUGGGAAUGCAAUAACGGAGAAAAAAUGGCACACCUACUGUGAGCAGGCCACGUCGGGCGUCAUAUCCCCAGACCCAGCGAAUAACUGCAAUCAAAUUGACGAUACAUAUCGCCACGAGCUCGCUCAACGUCUUCAGCAACGUGUGCAAGCCGGUAUUCUCCCUUCAACCACUUUUCUACAUCUCUGUCUGCAAGCGUAUUUCUGCCAUUUUCAUCCCAUCUUUCCUAUCAUCCAUGAGCCAUCCUUCUUGCCCUCUACGCAGAAUGCCGUUCUUCUUCUGUCCAUUUGCUCUGUAGGGAGUCUAUUUCUCGGCUCUGAACGAGCAAUCGAACACGGGAUUAGCAUUUUUGAAAGACUUCAAAAAGCAGUUUUAUCUUCGUGGGACAUUAUGAUCACUCAACGUCCAGAUUCAAAAAUCGUGGCCAUUCAGUCGGCCUUGCUAGGACAGACAUUCGGUCUUCUUAUGGGACGGCCCAAAGAUCUGGCCGGAAUUGAGGCCUUUCAUGGAAGUAUAAUUGCAUUUGCUCGCAGAGUCCGACUACUUACGCAUACAACAUCACCAGAACUACCUGCAACCCUUGCAAACCUCCCGAAUGACAAAUUGCAGUCCUCGUGGAAGCAUUGGAUCUCCCUAGAGGAGAGAAAACGCGCUGUGCUCGGAAUAUUUAUACUUGAUGCUGAGUUAGCGAAGAUUCAUCAUCAUGAGCCAUGCCUACGUCCUGCGAUUGAGCGUCUACCAAUCAUCUCCUCAGAUGAGGUGUUUGCUGCAAGCAACGCAAAUUCGUGGCGCGAGCUGAUUCUGCAACAGACCCAGCAGGCUGGGAACAGGUCGAUGAAGAAUCGAAGUCCUCGAGGGACGAGUGACUUCCAACUCUGUGCCUCUCUUGAGUCCAUUAGUGCUGUGGCCUGUGAGUGCCAGGAAACUUUCUCGACUACCCCCCGUGCAGCCGAGAAGUGCCAGGAACUGCUCCUAUCUUGGUACGAGACGCAUCUAUCGGCUGCCGCUCCUGGUGAGGCCUGGGCAUAUCCAUUAAGGAUUCUCUGGCACUCCACUUUCAUUCUCUUAUACUCAAAUAUUGACGCUCUUGAGCGAGCCUGCGGUAGAGACGGCCCAGAGGGAGCUCGAGAAGCCAUUGGAUAUGCUCAACAGUGGGCAAAUUCCCAGGACGCGACCAGAUCUCUAAUACACGCUGUCUGCAUCAGAAAGCACUUCGAGUCAAUGUCCAUUGGGUCUGAGUGUCCACUACAGAUUCCCACGUCCCUUUACCACUGUGGGAUCAUCUGGUUUUGCUUUGGGCAUAUCGGGAAUGGCAGCAACGGAGCUAUCAUGGAACGCAGCUUUCCAGAAUUAGAUCUAGCUGGAGUGCAUGUUGGCGAAAUCGAUGCGGCAGAUUUGAGAAACACUCAAGUCGAGCGGAAGGCUGUGAACCAGGUCUUCGGGAUCAUCGGCCUCCUGAAGAGCAUACGGCAUUGGAAGUUAUCUUUGAGCCUUGCUUCAACCUUGCUUGCGCUUAUCGAGGGGCAGGAUAAUGUUUUCUAAAUUUAGGACCCUUGUGUAUCAAUUCACUACGGUGUGAAUCCUCCUCUCGGGGUUUCCAGCAUCUCGCAG